AUGGAUCUAUUUCAUGAACCUGAGAAAGCAGCUCACUCUGAAGCCACGGUAGCAGACAACAAGAUUGAUCACCUUAAGAAGAUCGUCGAAGAUGCAGCCAAACGAAUGGGAGCGGAAGAACCAGUUCAAAAAGAACCUCCCCAGAGCGGUACUUCGGUCGAGGGGGAGAAUCUAUCCUCUUCAAAUGAGCAGCACUCACAUAUUCAGGGGGAGAAUCCAAUUUUUGACGCACCCAAAAACCCCUCUGCACCCGAAAGUCCUGUUGCAACCGAAAGCCCCUCUGCAACCGAAAGUCCUGUUGCACCCGAAGGCCCCUAUGCACCUGAAAGUCCAGUAACAACCGAAAGUUUGGAUCAACCCGAAAGCCCUAUUGAAGAAAGAUUUCUUGGCUCAUCAUCUAUCGAGGAGGAGAAUUUCGAUAUGCUCUAUGACGAUGACAUUCAAUCAGAGUUGGAAGAAAUGGGAGCCGCUGAUUACAAUGCAGCGAAGCUUGACUCUCUUGUCGAGAAGCUGGUUAAUUCUUUCACAUCCGAAUUGCAAUCCUUUGACAGUCUUCGUCAGUCUCUCGACGAUGACAAUAAAACCUUCCAGGCGAGAGUUGAGGAGCGCUUGACCAUGCUGCAAGAAGAUCUCGCUUCAGAAAACUCUGUGAUGGAUGCUCUUGCUCAAAAAACCACUGCUCUAAAGUUCAAGAGUCUUCAACUCUUCCAAUCAGAAAAGGAGGUUGCGUCUCUCCGAUCUGAGCGAGCGGUCAUUUCUACGUGUGUUUCGGAUGUCCACGCCGCCCUCUCCAACAUUAUUGAAGCGCAUGAUCCCAUUCUAAACUAUUAUGUGAGGCUGGGUGAACUUUGGCUCGAGAAGGAAAUGGUAGCAGAGGACGAAAAGCUAGAUCACACGGAUAACAAGUCGUGA